GACUUUUCAGUGAAAGUUGUAUUUACCGGCCAGAUCCCCCAGUCUGUGAAUGUGACAUAGAUCGGUGUUUUCUGUAUACUGCGGUCGAUUUAAAGUAGUUCUUGAUUUAGAAAUAUAGAUCCCAUGAUGCAAUGCGAGAGGCUCACGCUGGACGUAGUGACGGCGGAUGUUGCUUGGCAACAGGUCUGAAGCACGUCUUCUGCGGGGAGAGAGAUCUCCAGGAUGCCAGAAGUAAAAUCCAUGUUUCGGGAGGUGCUCCCCAAGCAAGGGCAGCUAUUUGUUGAAGACGUCCCCACCAUGGUGUUGUGUAAGCCGAAGCUUCUACCUCUAAAGUCGGUAACGCUAACAAAGCUGGAGAAGAUGCAGCGCGAUGCCCAGGAAGUCAUCCGCCAGCAGGAAUUGGCUCAGCUGGAUCAGCAGAAUGCCCAAACCUGACCAGUCCAUCAGAAGGGGACUGCGAAUGGAUUGUGACCCUCCUGUCUCCACAGAUGUAUAGAUAUUAUUAUUAUCAGUUUAGAAUGCACAAACCUGACCCAUCCAUCAUAGAGGGACUACAGACAGAACAGAUCUUCCCUCUCUGUACAAAUGUAAAAGUGCUUCUUGUAAAAUGCUUAGCUGCUGAGUAUUGCUUCUGGUAUUCUUUUAUUAUGUAUUAUUUCAGAAUCAAUAAAAAAUAAUCACAUAUCUA